AUGGCCUAUUGGGAUAAUCUCGCCGCCCGGGGCCGUGUUCGCCGAAAUCUCGGAGCUAUGUCACGGGACAUCCAGGGCGCACACCUCAAAGGGGACUAUCGAUGGAGCACUACCGUCCUGAUGGGUACUGGGCACGCGUGGCACCGCUUCCUGGGACCGCCGUGCGCCGUCGUCUGGGGCCAACGUCGGAAACUUCCGCCUUUUGGUUAG